AUGGCCGCUCCAAACGUCAUCUUGCCCGAGAAGGGCAAGGAGAACAUCCUCAUCACGAGCGCCCUACCAUAUGUGAACAACGUGCCUCAUCUGGGAAAUGUCGUGGGCUCCGUUCUCAGUGCCGACGUGUUCUCUCGCUACAGCAAGCUGCGAUCGAGACCGACCCUGUUCAUCUGCGGAACUGACGAGUACGGCACCGCCACCGAGACGAAGGCUCUAGAGACGGGACAAACACCCCAGGAGCUCUGUGAUGAAUUUCACAAGAAACACAAGGAGGUUUACGACUGGUUCGAGAUUGGCUUCGACCACUUUGGCAGAAGUUCGAAUCCCAAGCAGACCGAGAUCGUGCAGGACGUCUUCCUCAAGCUCCAUAAGAAGGGACUCCUAGAGGAACGUACUACCACGCAACCUUACUGCGAGACACACAAAUCCUUCUUGGCCGACCGAUUCGUCGAAGGAACCUGCCCCAAGUGCAACUACGACGAUGCGCGCGGUGACCAGUGUGACAAAUGUGGAAACCUGCUGGAUCCCUUCGAGCUGAUCAACCCGCGGUGCAAGAUCGACAACUCGACGCCAGUUCCUCGAGAAACGACACACGUUUUUCUUCUGCUGGACAAGCUCCAACCAGAUAUCCAGAAAUGGUUCGAGAAGUCGAGUAAGGUGGGAGGGUGGCCGCUCAACGGUGUCAGCAUCACCAACAGUUGGUUGACUAGAGGCCUUGAGGGCCGGAGUAUCACGAGAGAUCUCAAGUGGGGAGUCCCAGUCCCCCUGGAGGGCUUCCGCGACAAGGUGAUCUAUGUUUGGUUUGAUGCUUGCUUUGGUUACCCAUCCAUUACGGCUACAUACACCGAUGAAUGGGAGCAAUGGUGGCGCUCGCCCGAAGACGUCAAGCUCUACCAGUUCAUGGGCAAAGACAACGUGCCCUUCCACACCGUCAUUUUCCCAGGAGCCCAGAUGGGCAGCGGUGACAAGUGGACCCAGCUCAACACCCUGAGCACGACAGAAUACUUGAACUAUGAGAACACCAAGUUCUCAAAGUCAAGAGGUGUAGGCGUGUUUGGUGAUAGCGCAAAAGAGACAGGGGUACCGCCUUCCGUCUGGCGUUAUUACCUUCUAUCCAUUCGACCUGAAACCAGUGACUCUCAGUUUAUCUGGUCGGACUUUGUCGCAGUCAACAACAAUGAGCUCCUUGCCAACUUUGGCAACUUUGUGAACCGUGUGAUCAAAUUCGUCAACUCGAAAUGUGAAGGCACUGUUCCCGAGUUCGCAGCCGAUUACACUGACGACAGCUUUGAUUUCCCUAAGUGGAUAUCCGAGAUCAACACUCUACUAGGCGAAUACAAUGACUUGAUGGAGGCGGUGCACCUGAGGCAAGGUGUCAAGAAGCUGCUUGAGAUCAGCGCCCAUGGCAAUUUGCUAUUGCAGAGCCGACUCGACAACAAAUCCUUUGAGGCCCACCCGGAGAGAGUCAAGACAGUCAUUGGUCUCGCGCUCAACCUAUGCAGCCUUCUGGCCUCGGUAUCGUCACCAUACAUGCCAGCGACUGCCCGGGCCAUUGUAGAGCAGCUAAACACGUCUCUGGCCUUCAUCCCCAACAAGUUUGAUACCAGCGUACUCAAGCCCGGACACAAGAUCGGCAAGGCGGCCUAUCUGUUCUCAAGAAUAGACGAGAAGAAGAUUGAGGAAUGGAAGGAUUUGUAUGGAGGAACUCAGUCUUCUCGCGCCGCCGAAGCAGAAGCUAAAAAGAAGAAGCAAGAGGACAAAGAGAAAAAGAAGGCCAAGAAGGCUGCGCAAAAGGCUGCGGAGGCUGCCCAGAAAGCAGUGGGUUUGGGAGGAAAGGGAGAGGGAUCUGGUGCGCUGCCUAAGAUGAUGGAUGGUAAUGUCAAGAGCCUACCAAUCCGUGAGAAGUUGAUUGAGAAGGAGGGCCCACUCACUACCGAGGCCUCAACGGUUUCCGAAGCUACGGCGCCGAAAGAAUGA